AUGGAGUUUCCCACAACACAUUGGUUCCGUUCCGACUGGACGGAACUACCAAAAUUCACGCGCUUCAACAGCGCAUCAAUAGACGCCUAUGGGCAUACUCGGCACGACACCGCCGGGGCUUCUUUUGUCGCGUUUCUUUCCUAUUUCGUAUUUCUGAUUCUCUCGUACCUCCGCUCCGUCUCUCUACUCUCAUUUUCUGUAUCAUGCGCAUGUAUUCGUGUUUCCCUUCACGAUCUUUCGGCUGCGUCAGAUCUUGAGUUCGGACUUAGGUCUUUGAGCUCGAUCCAACGUCUGCCGGGAAACCAAAAAGCCUACGAGAUUUCCACUCUCAAGAAAAGAAAUCCUAAGGCACCAAAAUCAUCUGUUGAGGCGCGAAUAAAUCCGCUCACAGGAAAAGCGUUUGAAGAAAGAACUACGAGAAGACAGCGUCAAGGACAACCUCUGGAAUACCAGGAACUAGAGUCGGAUAGAGCGCUAAAACGUCAAAUUAAGGAGGCUAAAGCAAAAACUACCUCUGGAGAGGACGAAGAAGCCGCAGUUGAAGAUCUAGUUGAUCCCGGCGCAGAGACAGAGUCAGAAGAGGAAUCAGUUCCUCCAACUUUCCAAUUAGGAGCUAGUCAGGGACCAAGUUUCCCCGGCGGCUUUGAAUUACCAAAAGCAGAAAGCGUUUCGUACCGUCGGUUAGACAAACUCAAAACCGACGUCGCAGAAUUAGGGUUUCCAUCUUCGCUAGGAACCCCCAACGAGCCACUUUACUUCGAGAAACAUCCGUUUAGAAGUAGUUACCGCGUCACAGAGUCUUCUGCCACUGAAGGCGAUUUCUCGGACUUAUCCUUAGAAGACUUAGGAAAGUCAGUUCAAUCCCCAGCAGUUCCCAAACCUUAUAGUCCGCUAGAAGCUUCUUUAAGCCAGCGAGAAGAAGGUAAAGAACUUAGUCCAGUAAAAGAAGAAAACGAGGUAGAACUUCCCGCCGGAAGUGACGAAGUAGAAGGUAGUUUUCGAUCUCACAAAAGAGACAAAGGAAAGCAACGCGCUACUUCAGAGGAUAGAAGUUCGACUUCAGAGCCCACUACAAAUACACCAAGCGAACCUACUACAGGGGAAAGUUUUGUGGAUUUUGGAAACAAGAGCGAAGAGGAUAUCGAACGACUCCCUGAACGCAGAACAAGAAGAAGAAAAAGGACGAAGAAAACGAGCGUCUUAAGAGAAACGCCAAAAGAAAAGGAACAAGUUAACGUUCCACAACCGCCGGUAAUUCAAACGGCUACUUCUGUUCAACGAGAACAAAAACCUUCAGUUUCGAACUUCGAGACUCCUACCCACGAAAAAGCACCCUCAAUCUCUCCGUUGUUACAAAACCACCACAAGAUGGAAUACGAGAUUUCCAUGGAUCCCAGGGUUGAUCACUUGACAACCCAACAGUUGUAUAAGAACCCUAGGGUUCCUCAAUUAUGGAAGGCGAGCCACUUAGUGUUGGAAGAUGACACGGCGGCAGAAGUAUGGGCUUACAUCGAGCGGAUGGAGACGAUGUUUGAGCAAGCGAGCGUAGUGCUGGACAGGCACAAAAAGAAGGCGUUGGUCGACUUCGUAAAGAAAGUCGAUUUAAAGGAUCAGUGGUCCCGGCUGACCCAAUACAGAGACGGGACAUAUGCGCAAUUCAAGGCAGAAAUUCUGUCUUACUAUCCUGGCAUCAAGGAACUCCAAGGAAGGAAGCCUUGA